AAUAGCACUGUACAAUAAAUUUGAAUUCCCUCUCUCCUGAGUCCGAGCCUUCGAGCCCUCUCUUCGGCCCUGAUCUCCGCUAUGGCCACUCAACAAAGCCCGCCCUUCAAGACCGACCGGUUCGUGGUCAUCCAUGUCGCAACCACUUGCGACGAACACGGGGUCUACGUGACGAGGGAUUCUGCCGAGGUUAUUGAGCUCGGCUGGAUUCUUCUCGACUCGAAUUCUCUUGAAGAGAUUCAUCGCGAGAGCGUGCUCGUCAAGCCCGUUAACACCCCAAUUACUCCCCUAUGCACGAGCUUGACGACCCUGACGUGGGAACAUGUGAGAAAUGCUGGUACUUUUAGGGACGCCAUCAAUCGCUUCGAUGCCUUCGCUUCCGAGCAUCUGACGGGGCCCAACCUCGACUUUGUCUUCGUUACUCUGGAAGCCUGGGACCUGCGCGUCCAGCUUCCUCGCGAGGCCCGUGACAAGGCUGUGGUGCUGCCCCCCUAUUUGCAGCACUCGCGGACGUUCGAUCUCCGGACGGAAUACCAAAGAUGGCAGCAGCACCAUCCCGAGUCGCUUCCGUUUGGUCCUUCUUCGUUGGCCAACAUUUGUGCGGCGCUCGAGGUUGAAGCUGUGCAGUCCAGCGCACCUAUCAAGCAUAAUCUGCCGUUCCACCUGCAGGCCCUGGCCCCAGCAUCUCCGCGCCGCGCCAUGGAGGAAGCUGUCACUUUGACCCGUGUGCUCCGGAGUUUGAUUCGUAAAUCCCAACCUGCCCACGAGCACGCAGAUGUGCUUAUCCGGCCAAUGGAUGCUCGUGCAGAUGUGCGGGCUUUCUUGUCUGAGCGCAGCAAGGUCCUACACAUGUCUGGUCUCCCGCAUGAUACUACGCAGUCUGAGCUUGAAAGCUGGUUCACCCAGUUUGGCGGGCGCCCCAUUGCUUUUUGGACUUUGCGCACUCCUGAGCAGCAUAAACCUACCGGCACCGGGUUUGCCGUCUUUUCUUCCCACGAAGAGGCUGCUGAAAGUCUCUGCAUGAAUGGACGCGCAUUGAAUGAAAAAGCCAUCGAAGUCUCGCCAUCCUCGAGCCGGGUCCUCGACCGGGCCGCAGAGAUCCUGACGCCCUUCCCGCCUAGCAAGAACCGCCCGCGCCCCGGUGAUUGGACCUGCCCGUCGUGUGGCUUUUCGAAUUUCCAGCGACGCACGGCAUGCUUCCGCUGCUCGUUCCCCGCUGUCAGCGCUGGUCCCACUGGCGAGAUGGGUUAUGGUUACGGGUACGGGCCACCAGCUAUGAUGCCCCCCCCUCCUCACAUGGGUCAUCACGGGCAUGGCGGCGGUCACGGUCGCAUGGGUGGUUCCGGCGUCGUUCCGUUCCGUGCCGGUGAUUGGAAGUGCGGGAACGAGGUCUGUGGCUACCAUAACUUCGCAAAGAACGUCUGUUGUCUUCGCUGUGGGGCCAGUCGUGCCGGUGCUGCCGUGGUUGCCGAUUCGGGCUACCCUUCACCUAUGGACACUCCCUCGUCGUACGGCAUGGGUCAGCCUUCGAUGGGCGGCACUCCGGGACCCGGAGCGUUCGCAUCUGCCGCUGGUGGCUUCAACUCGGCUGGCGGAUAUGGGCAGCAUUUUGGUGGCCCGCCGAGCACGUACGCACUGCCGGCCGGGCUUACUGGUAACGCCGCUCCCUAUCCGUCGCUGAACACCCACUUUGGCCCUACUCCGGGCUCGCACUCGGCCGGCCCCUUUGACAGCCGCGCUGCCGAGGCCGCCUUCCAGUCUGCCGGUAACGGUCCUGCUUCGGCCGGGCCUGGUAACAACUUUUACUCGCAGCAGGGUGAGAACGACCCGUUCGCCUUCCUGACGUCCGGAAUUGGUGGUCUCUCGGUGAGCAACCAGGAUGCUCGCCAGAACGGAGGCUCGGCCCCCCCGAGCAAGUCGCCCGCGUAAUAUACUCGAACAGAAAUAAGGUCUCUGUCUUCCGGUGCACAGCGAUAGUCUAUCUUCGAAAUGGUUUGGACGCUUUUUGCGCUUUCACGUGCGGCGAUUUCUAUGACGACUUUGGAAUUGAGAAAUAGAAAUU